UGAAAUGUUGUGUCUAAUAAAAGCCUUGCCAGGUGUACGUGUAAUUUUGAUUGUUUUGGGGAUCGUUCUCUGCACAUGUAUCGAUCACUAUAUUGUGCUGUUUAUUUCUUCCUCAUCCCUUUAAAUGUCAUAUUUGCUAAGAAAUUCGAUGCUUCCAAUUGUGAAGUGUGUAUGAACUUCAUUGGGUCAUUUGUUCAGUCUCUCCAACCUAGUGACCGAGAAACUUCGGAAAAGAUCAAAGAAGCUUUUAUUACUAAAUGCGCAGCAGCUGUUGGGAAGGAUAGUGACUUGUGCUAUCAUGUUGGUGGUCUGAAAACGUCUGCAGUAAGUACACUUAAUCGUUUGGUUGAUCCGAUAAAAUGGCAAAUGCCUGUAGAAAGGGUGUGUCAAAAACUGUUUGAGUUGGACCCUCAAAUUUGUGAACUAAGAUAUGCGAAAGUUAUAGAUCUCAAGGAGUUUGAUUUCAAGAAGCCAAAGGUCAAAGAUUUGAAAAAGAUCAUAGAUAAAUGGGGAUUAGAAUGUCGAGGAUGUUCAGAGAAAAGUGACUUUAUCCAACUCAUCAAAAACAAUAUCCGUAAAUAUGACCCAGAAGCCGCGUCGUAUUUAGAAUCGCGAAACGAACUUUAAGCUAUCGUAUACCUUUUUUGUACAAAAUCUUUAAGUUUUCUUUAGUUUGUUUGUUCGAUGUAAUGUAAUGUAAUGUGAUUUUGUUUUCAGUAAUUUUUUUAUGCGAACUGUUGUAGUCUCUGGACUUACUGCUAUCAAGAUAUACUUGCACAGUUGUAAUGAUUACUUGGGAGAAGAACCGUCUUUUUUAUUGCCCA